AUGCAGGCAGAACUCAAUUCUCCAUUGGGAUAUGACGAAGAUCUUGCAAGUGAAUUUGCGUCCACUACUUCCAGUUGUGGCAGCACCGGGUUUCCCUUCACCUCACCCACUCCAUACGCUCUAAAUGGAACGGUAACUGCUACAGCCACAUCUACUGAGGCUGGAAGCUCUGCAAGUGCAACCGCGACGUGCUCUGACACCUACACGGUGCUGGGCGGCGAUACUUGUGGAUCAAUUGCAGUUGCUCACAACGUUUCAACUUUCUAUCUUGCAUAUAACAAUAACCUAGACAUAUAUUGCUCUGGUCUGACUGAGGGAAUGACAAUUUGCCUUCCCCAGGCCUGCGACAUCUACACAGUUCAACCCAAUGAUACUUGUGUCGGUAUCAUCCGCACUGUUCCCGAGGACAUUACUGUUACCCAACUGCAAAGUUGGAAUCCAAACAUCAAUCUGCUGUGUGGAAACAUGGACAAUCUAAACGGAACUGUUAUUUGUGUCAGCCCAAUUGGAGGUUGGUUAGAUGUCUCCAAUAGUGCCAGUCCAGCCACUGCCACAGUCGCUGCCGCAGUACCAACAAAUGUCGCUAACGGGACCAAUGAGGACUGUGGCCAAUAUCAUGUGGUCGGAAGUGGCGAGACUUGUGCAUCUAUUACUGUGCAGAUGGGCAUUUCCCUCGAUGACUUCUAUUUCCUCAACCCUGAGAUUGACAGUAACUGCACAAACCUCCUGCUUGGUAGCGCAUAUUGCGUUGAAUCAGUCGGUGAUAUAUCGCUUUAUGCCAACUAUACUGUAGGCAGCACUGCAGACAUCUCCUGUCUUGAUCCAUACGCUCCGUCGAGUUGCUUCGUUGAUCUUUCCACUUACCCCACUGCGCCCUAUCUGGAGAGGAAUGUCACAUUUCCCAAAUACAACCGCACAAAGUCUACAUAUUCAAUCUCAAAAGCGACACCUCUCCCCACAGCCUCUGGCACUGUCUCUGGCUGUUUAAAGUAUCUCAAUUACCAGAACAUCAACUCCACUAUUCCAGAUGCCACAAAGAUAGUAAACAGCUGUUUUUUUGUUGCUAAUUCUCAUGACGUGUCGACGUCAGAUUUGGUUUCGUGGAACCCUUCCCUGAAUAGCAAUGUGACGCUAUGUGGCCUACAAGCCGGGUACAGCUACUGCGUUGUUCGUUCUAACACAUCAUCCACAGCUACGACUACUAGCUCCAAUUCAUACUGUACCUCAGUCGCGGCGAGUGAUAUCGUGGCAAAGACUAUCUCAACCUGCACAUGCUUCACAUUUGUAACUGGAUGGGAUUCCGAUACAGCCGACUAUCAGCUUAGUGUGACUCAGCUUGUAGACUGGAACUCAUGGCUGUCUGGAAACUGCACAGCCAAUUUGUAUGCCGACCUUGACGACAACGCAGUGCGGUACGUGUGUAUCAGUGCAGAUUCAUCUACUGCGAUCCAAUCAACAACCACGACUGCAUCUUCAUCGGCUGCUCCAACGCAGACAGGAAUUACGUCGUCCUGUGCUAGGUUGCACACUGUAAAAUCCGGUGACAGUUGUGCUGCGAUUGAAUCUACAUACGGCGUUACUUUCGCUCAGUUAUAUUCGUGGAACCCGGCCAUCGGUGACGACUGCCAAUCUCUCUCUGUUGGUUACGCUAUUUGUGUCGCCGUCGCCUUUCCAACUACUACUUCCACCGCUGCACCGACCCAGACAGGAAUGAUAUCUUCUUGUAAAGAGUUAUACACCGUCAAGUCCGGCGACGGUUGCGCUGCAAUUGAAAGCACAUACGGUGUCACCUUUGCACAGCUAUAUGAUUGGAACCCGGCCAUCGGUGACGACUGCCAAUCCCUCUCUGUUGGUUACGCCAUCUGUGUUGCCGUCGAGACUACUUCCACAUCUACCACAACUACUGCGGCAGCCACGGAGACCACCUCCAGUGUGUCUUGCAGUGAAUACUACACUGUCGUCUCAGGCGACUCAUGUUCUGCCAUUGAGGUCGAAUAUAGCAUCACCUUUGCGGAAUUUCUGUUAUGGAAUCCAUCAAUCGGUUCCAAUUGUCAAUAUCUUGAUGUUGGACAGCAGUACUGCGUCGCAGGGCCAGUGCAGACUGGCAUUACCGCUUCAUGCACCAAAUUCUACACUGCAGUAUCGGGUGACUCGUGCUGGGCUAUUGCAACAGCCUAUGGCAUAUCUACUACAGACUUCAUAGACUGGAACCCGGCUGUUGGUAGUGACUGUUCAGGGCUAUGGUCAGACUACGAGUACUGCGUCGCGGUUUGA